CUUUUAUAAAUAGCGAUGCAGAGUGAGGAUUUAGAUUCUCCACUACGCAUCGCUCACGGUUGCCAACCCCCCCCCCCCCCCCCGGCGGCCUUUUUCAUCUCCUUCUUUCUAGAGAGUAUCAUUGAUAUGGAUCUCUCCCUGUUCCGUUCUUUUAAUCUGGUGUUGAUCGCUCUCCUUCUGUUGCAGCUCAUUUGUCAAGGCGUUUCAGGUACUACAUUUAUAUUCGUCAACAAGUGCGAUUUCACGGUAUGGCCCGGAAUCCUCGCCGGCUCCGGCAGCCCUAAGCUAGACAGCACGGGGUUCGAGCUCAAAAAGGGAAGUUCCCGGUCCUUCCAGGCCCCCACCGGCUGGUCCGGCAGGUUCUGGGGACGAACCGGCUGCGACUUCGACGGCUCCGGCAAUGGCAAGUGCGCCACGGGCGACUGCGGCUCCGGCCAGGUCGAGUGCAACGGCUCCGGAGCUUCUCCUCCGGCGACUCUGGCAGAGAUCACCCUCGGCUCCGGCGGCGGUCAGGACUACUACGACGUGAGCCUGGUGGACGGCUACAAUCUGCAGAUGAUCGUCGAAGGGAGCGGCGGGUCGGGCUCGUGCGCCACCACCGGCUGCGUCACCGACCUGAAUCGGCGGUGCCCGACGGAGCUCCGGAUGGGGGACGGCGAGGCGUGCAAGAGCGCGUGCGGGGCGUUCGGGACUCCGGCGUAUUGCUGCACCGGAGAGUACGGAACGCCGGACAAGUGCCGGCCGUCGGAGUACUCGCAGGUGUUCAAAUCCGCGUGUCCGAAAUCGUACAGCUACGCCUACGACGACGCCACCAGUACGUUCACGUGUACGGGUGCCGACUAUACCGUUACAUUUUGUCCUUCAGUCCCAAGUUUGAAAUCAUCGCAAGAUUCGUCGCCGAAGACGGCGGAGGGGACAGGGUCGGAGCCGGUGGAGCAGGCGGUGUUGGCCGGCGGGUCGUGGUUGGCGAACUUGGCAAGCGGAGACGGGAGGAGAACCCACCACCCCGGAGCUCUUCAAUUUGUAUUGUCCGUUACUGUUGCAGCCACCUCUCUCCUUCGCAGAUAGAAAGAGAGAAAGGGUUGAACGUGGGGAUGCACGGACAUGAGAAUCAUGUCAGAUGAGGCAUAUGUAAAGUUUUUUUUUUUUUUUUUUUCAGUUUAAUUUUGUAAUUCCUUGCUUUUUAUGUUUGGAAUAAAGGGUGGAAUGUGAUGGGCUUUUGUGUUUUGCAAGAAA